UAUAGGUUCACAGCCAUUCUGCAAUUCUUACUUCACAUAUAAUUGAUAAUUCUCUAUCCCUUGUGUUUGUGUUUUAUUUUCCAAAAUGGCCGAGGCACUCAUCAACGUUCUUCUGGAACAAUUGGUUACAGUUGCUUUUGAUCACACAAAGGAGGCAGUCAAGCUGAUUUUGAAUGCUGAGACAGAGGUCAAAAAAUUCCGCAGCAAUCUCAAAGCGAUUCAAGCUGUGUUGGAGGAUGCUGAGAAGCAGCAGGUGGAGAAUGCCAGCGUGAGAAACUGGUUGGAUGAGCUCAAUGAUGUCUCUUACAAGAUGGUUGACGUGCUAGAUGAGUGGAACACUGAGAUUCUGAAACAAGAAGCAAUGAGAGUUCCAAGUGAGAAAAAGGAAACCUUCAAGAAGGUAUGUUUCUCCAUUUCCUCGACUUGCUUUUGUUUUGGCCCAGUCAAUAAGGCAACUCAUCUAUACAGAGUCGCUACUGAGAUAAAAGAGUUGAAUGAAAAGUUAACGAUGAUAGCUGCUCAAAAGGAACAGUUUGGGUUUCAUCAAUCCUCAACUCGUAGAGUUGAUGAACAACUUAUCAAAUCGCUGGAAACUUCAUCAUUUGUCGAUAUUUCUAGAAUAUUUGGCAGAGAAGAAGCACAAGCUGAUUUGUUGAACAAGUUGUUAAGUGAGAGUAGUGAAGAAGAGAAAGAAAUUCCUAUCAUCCCUUUAGUGGGUAUGGGUGGGAUGGGCAAGACAACUCUUGCCCAAUUAGCUUACAACAAUGAAAAUGUAAAAACCUAUUUUGACAAGAGAGUCUGGGUUUGUGUGUCAGAUCCUUUUGAUAGUGUGAAGAUUGCCAAAGCCAUUAUUAGUGGUACAGGUAAUACCGCCCCAGAUUCAACAGAGUUGCAAGUUGUAUUGCAGUGUAUGUCUAGAUGCCUUGAGGGGAUGAAGUUCCUUAUUGUCUUAGAUGAUGUGUGGACUGAAAACCAAAGAGAGUGGGAAAGUUUAAAGUUACCAAUUAUGAUGAGAACUUGUGUUGUAGGUAGUAAAAUAGUGGUGACCACUAGAAAAGAGAGAGUUGCUGAAAUAAUGGGAGCAACCAUUCACAUGAUCCAUUUGAAGAAGUUGAGUGAUGAAAAUUGUUUGGCACUGUUCAAUAGUAUUGCAUAUUUGGGGAGGGAAAUGGAUGAGGCUAAUGGGUUUGGAUCUAUAGGUGAGAAAAUAGCAAAAAAGUGUGACGGUUUACCACUUGCUGUAAAAACAUUAGGUGCUCUCUUGCAUUAUAAGAAGAAAAAGAAUGAAUGGGAGGAGAUCUUGAAUAGUAAUAUAUGGGCUCUGAAAGAGGUUGAGCAACAAGUUUUUCAACCACUUUUACUUAGUUAUUAUGAGUUGGCCCCUGCAGUUAGGCGUUGCCUGUUAUAUUGUGCUACAUUUCCCAAAGAUAAUCAGUUUAGUGAAGACAAUUUGAUUAAAUUGUGGAUGUCACAAGAUUAUCUUAGUGGGAAAGACUAUAAAGAAAAGGAAAAACUAGGUCGAAAUGUUUUCGGCACCUUAGUAAUGCGAUCAUUUUUCCAAGAUGUUGUGGAAGAAGUAGGUGUUGAUGAGUACAAGAAUAUUACUGUAUGUUGCAAAAUGCAUGAUAUUGUGCAUGACUUUGUGCAGUUCCUCAAUAGGAAUGAAUGCUUUACAGCAGAGGUUAAAGAGGCAGACAAAGAAAUACUAAGAAUCAGUGAGGAGGUCCGUCAUUUGACGUUAAUGUUUGUACCAUAUGAAUCUUCAUUUUUGGAUUUGAUUUCACCUGCAAAUUGCAAAAAGUUGCGUACGCUAGCGACUUUUGAUUCCAAAAUCAGUAGCGUAGAUUUGAUAGCAAUUUCUAAGAUGAAAUGUUUGAGGACAUUAAAUCUAAGCAACAACGCCAUUGAAGAGUUUCCAGAAGAGAUGGGUGCAUUGAUACAUUUGAGGUAUCUUGACUUGUCUCGCAAUUGGAGAUUGGAGAAACUACCAGACAGCGUGGGCAACUUAUACAAUUUGCAAACCUUGCGUCUCGAUGGAUGCGACGAGCUUAGUGCACUGCCGGAGAGUAUGGGGAACUUGACCAAGUUAAGGCAUCUUCACAACAAAUAUUGUCGUAAUCUGGCGUAUCUUCCAAGAGGUAUCGCGAGAUUAACAAGUCUGCAAACACUAGAUUUCUGUCCUGUUAUGGAUGGUGAAUGCUUGAAAUUAGAAGACCUGGGAAGCUUGGACCAGCUUGAGGGUAGUCUCAAGAUUGUGAUCAAGACAUUCAAGGGGAAAUUGAAUGAUGCUACGAGUGAGGCGCACAAGGCUCGCCUGUGGAGUAAAAAGCUGUAUUUUUUGACAAUAGAAAUUGCCUUAUUGACCGAGGAGCAGACUCAGCGGACCGCAGAUAUUCUGCUGGAGGCGUUACGGCCGCAUCAAGAUUUAUUACAUUUAAAUAUAUGGGGCGAUACCCUUUGGCCCUGCUCCGCCGUGCCCAGUUGGAUGAUACCCUUACAGAACUUGAGAUCUCUUGAACUGUGGCGCUUUCGUGGAUUUGAAUGUCUGCCUCCUCUUGGGACAUUGCCUUUCCUUGAAGAAUUUUCCGUAUCGGGAAUGGAUAAAGUGAAGAGGGUUGGACAUGAAUUUUUGGGAAUGCCCAAUUCUCAAACAACAUCAUCAUCUUCAUCCUCUGUUUUCUUCCCGAAACUGAAAAAACUCUACUUGACUGAACUGUGUGAGUGGGAACAUUGGGAAGAAGUUGGAGGUGAUGGAGUUACAAUUAUGCCAUGCCUUGAUCAUUUACAAAUUUACCACUGCCCUAAGCUGGUGAACCUGCCACUCUUUCUGCAAAACACAGCCCUCAGCAAAGUUAUCAUCAGUGGAUGUCGUCAGAGUAUUAUAAUACCUAUCAUGCCCGCCAACUGCGACGUUGAGAUUGAGGACGAGAUAGAGGAUUCAGAAGAUGAGAGGGUUGAAACAGAGACACAUAUAGUCUCACAGAUAGAUGAGGAGAUCACCGUGAUCACCUGAAACUGCAACUAUUUGACUGAGGGAGGACUGAGUUCCACUUCCAAAGCAGGUAACUACGUCUCUGGAGACGUGGCAAGAGUUACAGAUCUUUGGCUAUCUCAAGAUUAAAUAUGGGCAGUUCUCUCAUUAGCAGAUGUGGUGCGCCUGAGUUGCAUAAAGAUUCAGAUGAGAUGCAACGACCUUGCUAGCAUUGAAAUUAAGCAGACUGCAGGAAGUAUGGCUCCAUAGCCCAACAUGACUGACAAUGAUAUCAAUCUGUAACUGAAAAUGUAUCGGCAGAUAAACUUGAACGGCCUGGAUUCCGAGAACUAGAUACUGCCAUAGAUAGAGAAAGGUUUGAUGAAGUCACAGAAGGAAGUGGAUCAUUCUGAAACGUAUCCGGUCGUUUUCGGCGCGAAUUCGGCCUUGUCCGCCGCGUUUCCGAGCGUAUUAUUGGAUGCAAAUGCAAUGAGAUGAGGCACUGAAGCCCCAUCGGAUAAGUUCAGGAUAUAGUCGGAAAAGCGUCUGGAGACUGUCGGAUCGGGUAGUAAAAAGACAACUUUGCCCCUAUGUGCUUCGGUCCUCAGUUAAGAAACUGUGACCUUGAAUAUAUUGAAGGGGACAUACUUUUCAAUCAUCAUGCCCAGGAGAUUGAAUACUACAGGCGAUGUAUGCCUCCCGCCCGACGAAUAUCUACACAUUCCUUUUUUUUCUCUCCUUUAUAACUUCAGAAAAGCCAAGAUACUCCAAGAGAUGCGCAGCUUUUCGGCUUGGCUAAGCUUCACCCUCAGUCCAUCUGAUCAACCAAAAGGAAGAUAUGAGAUUUCACAGCGUGACUCAGAGAAGGAUGUGUCAGUAUCACAGUAUGACCAAAAAUAUCAAUUCUAAACGCUUUAAGAAUCCAUCAAGGCACCAAGUGCAACAACCUCAUGCGAAAAUUACGUAAAGACAUGCUCACCCAUCAAAGUUGCAUUGGCUGGCUUCGUCAGGACAUGAUGACUAUCGAGUAGUCAUGAUAUGCACUUCGAUCAUAUACAGUAUAUAUCUCCCACACGUACAGCUAUACCUUUAGGUAUCUUCUCUAUAAAAGAAGAAAAUGCAAACCAAAAUGAUGAGCAGGCCAGAGUGAAGCAGAAGGAAUUGAAUUGGUGCGGUCAAGCUGUAGUGCUACAUCCAUCUGACUUACCAGUGUAGAUGCCAUCAGAAUUUACCUGGGUGUUCAAAUCAGCCGCAAGUUUUUAGUCGCUGGAUAAAUCCCAAGACAUGAUGAACCUCAACAGGCUAAGCUGAAUUCCUCACGCAGAAUCAAAUUAAAUAUUGAAGUUGUUCGGUUAGCAGCAGAUCGAUGAGGUUCUGCAAAUGGAGAAAAAGUAAUAAAGGACUUGUUGAGGGCCUUGGGGCAGUGAUUCACUAGCAAGGAGAACUGUUUAAUACUCUUUGAUUUAUUUGAUCAAUGGAUGAGUCUUACCUAAACUAGCAUAGAAGAGAAGGGAUGAGUGAUGUGGAUGUGACCCAAACUGAGCUUAUUCACCUGAAAUUUUCUUAUCACCUGAAAUUUCUACCAAAGGACAAUUAAUACUGAUGAUCGAGGAUGUUUACCUCGGGGUUGCUGCUCAAAAUGGCUUCUAUGUAAUGGUGAAAGCUGAUCAAAGUUGAAUACUGAUGGGCUUCAGUGGAAUCAAAUUCAGGAGAAGAUCGAUUCACAAAUGAUCGAGAGGAAGAGCAGCAUGACAUGGUCUUCAUCGAUCGCAAAGGAACUGUAAGCGGAAGUCCUGAAGGAAUUGGAACGACAGGGACUUGUUCUAGUAGUACAAGGAUUGCAAGAGAGCAUUUAUGCUUGUGAGGUUUUUAUUGGGUGUAAUUGGGACUCUUGUUGAGAGGUGGUUGAGUGGUUUAUGACUGUAACCUUCUUCAUCAUUACUGGAUUCAUCAUCAUCAUGAUCGCUUGAGGACGUAGGCAAGUUGGCCGAACCUCGUUAAAUUUGGUGUUAUUGUUCAUGCCAUGCAAAGUGAAGCAAC